AUGAGUUUGAAAACUUCAAUCCUACGUCAAGAUCAUAAAGGUUUUCUUUUAGACCGAGAAGAAGAGAUCAAGAAUCCAGAAUCUCAAGACCUCAACUCUUCUGAUCUCAAUUCUGGCGUACCUGUGAUUCUAACCCUAGUUGCUGUUCCUUGUAAACGUCGAUUGAUCUUAUUCGCUUGGAAAGAUGCUCAAUGGAUCACACCUAAAGAAAUUCAAAUCCCUCAUCAAGCAAGAUCUGUGACAUUUUCUAAUUCACUUCAAAUCUUUAUAGGCUAUAGUACGGGUGAAUAUGCUCAAAUCAAACUCGAAAUCAAUGCAACUGAAGCUUUAAUUCAAAUCAAUCAUCAAAUCUCAGAUCCAUUUCCACUUCCAAUUCAAACUCCUCGAACCGAUCCUAAUACUACCCAGAAUACUUCUCUUGGUUCUAAUCCAGUAGGACCAACCACCACCACCACAAACCAUUCAGGAGGUUUGGUGAGUGGGUUAUUCAAAACUACUGGACUUGCAUCUCUUGCUUUAUCUGGAUCAAACAAGUUAUCAAAGAAUUCGGUUCUGAGUGUGGGGCCACCUACGAAUGAAGUGAUUGGGAUUCGUGAUCAAUUAGCAACAUUUAUGAAUCCAGAAGGAAAACUUAGUAGGAGCCUACCUAAUCCUUCGACCAUCAAUUAUCCAGUUUCACCCAUCGAGACGAUGGUCCAAUCACCCUAUUUGAUUUCUUUAUUACCUACUCCAACAUCUAAUUUGAAUGUAGGAUCAAGUUUGAUGAUUCAUUCGAUUCCUACACUAACACAUGUUCAAACCAUUCCACUCUCAUCUCUCGAUCCAACCAAACAUCUUCAACCUAUGGACAACUCUCCUCGGAAAAAACAAACUGGACCGAAUGAAGAAUCAUUAGUUCCUAAACUUCUGACCGUCUCUUCUGCUCAUCAUGGUCCGGUUGUUUGUGUUUCACCUAGAUUGAAUGAAACUGAUCAGAAAAUAAAUUAUAGUCUUGAGGUUUUUAUCAUGGUUUCUUGGUCAGAACAAAUCAAUCAGUUCAUCCAAGCAGGUGAGUAUUCAGAAUCAUUAGCCUUGAUCGAACGUUUAGAAAGCUCGGUUUUACCUAAUCGAGAAAUCUUAAUCAAAAGAUUGAAUGGAUUAUGUGCUUUACUUGAAUUUAAAAACCGAAAUUAUAAUCAAUCAAUCGAUGAAUUCAUCAAGCUAAAUAUUAAUCCAGCCAAAGUGGUUUCACUGUAUGACGAAAGGAUUUCAGGAAAACUUUACAGAUCAAAAGAAGUUUGGGAAUCUUUGUUUGGUGGUCGGAAGAUGAAGAUUGAUUUAAAGGAUCAUGCUUCAGAUUUGAUCGAUUCAUCUACUCAAGUUUCUAAACCAUCAAGUUUAAUUAAUUCUAAGAUCAUUCAACAGAAAGUUAUUGAUGAUAAUGAUAAUGAUGAAAGUGGUUCAAUCAAAUCUUUUAGAUCACAAGCUCUUCAUUCUUUGAAAGCUAAAGCUUCAGAUCUAAGUCUUCAAAAAUCCAAACUGAAAAUCCUUCAAGACGAAUCCGAUUUCAAAGAAUCGAUUGAUGUUUUAAUCCGAUACUUAACUGAUCGUCGUCAACACGUCAACAAAGCCUUCUCAAACCAAAGCUCAUCUAUCGAUCUUUCGGAAAAGGCUUUAGACUCACUCAAAUCCAUUAACUUACGUUCAUCUGAAGAUUUAUUGAAAUUAAAGGAUCUUGCGAUUCAUGAGAUCAGUGAUGUUGAAGAGUUAGUUCAGAUUGCUAAGAUUAUUGAUACGAGUUUGUUUAAGUGUUAUUUAGCUAUCAAACCUACGAUGUUAGGUCCGUUAUGUAGAUUACCUAAUUGGUGUGAAGUAGAUGAAGUCGAAAGUUUAUUGUUGGAUGCAAAGCGGUAUUAUGAACUUUUAGAUCUUUAUCAUGGUAAAAAACAACAUGAUCGAGCACUUAGGUUAUUGAAAACAAUGGGAGAAAGUGAAGAAGAUUUAGAAGAAAGAAUCGACCCGACGAUUCGAUAUUUACAAAAACUUGGAUCCGAUCAUUUAUCAUUAAUCUUUAAUACAUCAAAAUGGAUUUUUUCAAUGAUUAAAACAUCUACAAGCACAACCACAAGAGAUGAUCGAUUAAUUAAAAAAUCAUUAGAAAUCUUUACUGAAGAUUUAAGUACGGUUGAAAGUUUACCUAAAAAAGAAGUCAUUAAGUUUUUAGAAUCAGAAGAUUUUAAGAUUUGUAGAGUUUAUGUGGAGUUUUUGGUGUAUGAAUUAUGCUUGGAAUCGAUUGAGAUUCAUGAGAAAUUGAUUCAUUUGUAUAUUAAUGAGUUUAGGAAAUUAAAGGGUUUAGGUCAAGAAGAAAGUUCACAAAAGAUUUAUCAAAGUUUAUUAAAUCAUUUAAUUAAAUCUAAAUUUUAUUCUGCUAAUUGGGUCUUAGGUAGAUUACCAUUAGAUGAAAUGUUUGAAGCAAGAGCCUUGACGUUAGGUAAGAUUGGACAACAUGAUACGGCUUUAGGAAUCUAUAUUAAUAAAUUAGGAAAUAUUAAAUUGGCAGAAGAGUAUUGUAAACGGAUUUAUUCAGAAAACCCUGAAUUGAUUGGAGAAAAGAUUUAUUUAAUGUUAUUAAAGAUUUACCUAAGACCACCACCAGUACCAGUGAUCGCAUCUCAAUCUCAAGCUCAAUCAAGAACAGAUUCAUCCAAAGGUAAUUUAGAAAGACCGAUAUUAAAUCAUGAGAUCCGAUUGAAAUCAUCCUUAAAGUUAUUAAAAGAAGAAGGACAUUUGAUUAAAUCGAUAGAAGAAGUUUUAGAUUUGUUACCGAAUUGGAUCGAUUUGAUCGAAUUACAAUCGUUUUUUAAAAAAUCAUUAAAUCAAUUAAAUCAAACUAAACGUGAGAUUCGAUUGGAAAAAGAGUGUUUGGAGAAUGAGAAUCAAAGUUUGAAGGUGAUUGGGUUAGGAGUUGAACAGAGAAGAAUUAAAAUGGAUGAGAAAAGAUUGUGUAUGAAGUGUGGAAAAAGAAUUGGGAAUAGUGUGAUUGCAGUUCAUUCACCCUUUGGUGAAGUCACUCAUUAUCAAUGUCGUUGGGAAGGAGAAUUAGAGAAUCGAAAUGGAUCAAGGAAUGACAGGUAG